AUGACAAACUACCAGACAGACACGCCUGCCAAGGUGACAGGGCCGGUCUUCAUUGGCGUCCUUUGGGGUGCAACCGGGCUCUCGUUUCUCUUCGUUUUAGCGCGCACACUCGCUCGUAUCUAUACCUUCCGACGUCUCUGGCUUGACGAUGCCUUCGCCAUCGGCGCAUGGCUGAUGCUUCUAGUCCAGGCGAUCACUUGGCAGACUCAGGUGGAUUCCAUGUACCUUCUCUUUCAGCUAGAUGCCGGCAACCUCAUGCCAACGCCCGAGAUCCUGAAUCGCCUGGCACAACUGGAGCGGGCCGAGUGCGCCAUUCUGAUCCUGUUUUACUCGUCCUUAUGGUCUAUCAAAGCCUCGUUCCUGAUCUUCUUCCGCCGUAUCGGAGGGACGGAUCGCUCGUGGCUCAUCUGGUUCUGGUGUGUCGUUGGCUUCGUUGCUGCGACGUAUUUCGUCUGCUUGGGGGACAUUCAGUACCCUUGCCUUCUGAGAGACCAAGCGUAUAUCCUAGAAAAUUGCCCGAAAAAAGCAGCUGUUCUGUUUCAAUACAAUACAUUCAUCAUCAACCUGGUGUUGGACGUCCUCACUGAUCUCACCAUUAUCAGCCUCCCAAUCACCCUGUUAUGGAACGUCCGACUUCCCCUCCGCCACAAGAUGAUCCUGAUGAGUAUCCUAUCGUUGGCGGUGCUCAUCAUCAUUGUGGCGAUCGUCCGAGUCGCUGUCGUUGCCACAAAGGAGAAGAAUUCCGAUAUGUCCUGGCUGUGGAUGUGGAGCUUUAUCGAAGCCACUGUCGCCAACAUCAUCGCAUGCGUUGGCUCCUUCCGCCAGUUGUUUGUGAAACAGGACAAGAACCGCACUUCCGCGUAUCCAGGACGUUUUCAGGCUGAGUACCCAGCCGUGGAUGCUAAGCCGGGGUUCCAGCGUGUUCGCACCCGCUCGGAAGGAAGCUCCGAUCUCCAACUUAAUUCCUAUGAUAGUCACCGCGAGCUAACCCCCGUUGUAUAA